AUGUCACAGGCGCCACCCCUCGCACGCUCAGCCCUCGCACGCCUCUCCAACUCACCGUCCCGGCUCGCCGCCAGCCUCAACCGCGCCCCCUCCAACAGCAGCCGGACAGGCCCUUCCGGUGGCCAGGCUAGCUGGCAGCGCAGCCAGCACAGCAAGCACAGCCCUCGCCAGCUUUACACUCGCCCCAGCCAUGCUCGAUCCCCCGCCCCUCGUUCCCGUGCCUCGACUUCGACCAACCCCCUCCGAGCGCCGACUGCAUCCCCUCGACGCACCCUGGCAACCAUCGUCCCAACUCAGCAGCACCCAGUCGACUCGAUCUCGCCUGCGCCCGCGUUAGAGGGCCGCCUCGCACAGCUGCACGCUCUCCAGCGCCUCUUUGACUCCGACAGCGGCAUCGACAGCGCCCUCUGGCGCUCCCGCCUCGCCAGGACCAUCCAAUCCCUCCAGCAGCACUCCACCCCCGGUACCACCCCGGCUCCUCUCCGCGUACUCAUCGCAGGCUCCAGCCUCAGCCGCACAGCCGAUGUCGUCGUCUCCCUCUUCGACGAGCCGCUGCGAGAGCAGGCCGCAGCUGGCCGCACAGACCUCGAAGUUCUUCGCCGUGCCCUCUCCCAACCCGGAUCCACAGAUUCGCCUCGACGCUUCACUGUCCAGCACGGCUUCGGCCCAGCGCAGUGGUCCGAGGGCCAACGCAACGUUUCGAUCGACCGAAACUGGCUCCUCGACGCCAACAUCCAGCUCACCGUCAUCCUCGAUCCCACCGCCGACGCAGCAGUGCACGAGGCCGUGUACGACAGCGACAUCGCCCUCUUUGUGACCGACUCGUACGCCCUCGAGCAGGCCCUCGUCCAAGCCAGCAGCGGCCCGUCCUCGAACAGCCCGCGAAGCCCCGCCACGCUCGACCUGGCCUCGCAGUUUGCCUCGAAACCCAACGUCCAUGUCAUCGUCAAUCAGCUCACCGAUCUCGCGCCCCAGCAGCACCUCGCCGCCCUCGAGGCCGCCAUCGGCCCUGCCGCGGUCGAGCAGCUUGCCCAGUCAUCUUCGUCCGCGCCGCUGCUCGCCGUCUCCGCUGCCGAUGCCAUCGCGGCCAAUGCCGCUCUCAGGCAGGCCCUGACCGGGCCCGAUGUCGAAUCCUCGUCGCGCCUCUGGGAUGAGUUCAGCGGCCGCUUCACCGCGUCCAAGGUGGCCGACGUCCAUCGCCUCAUCCAGGGCGGUCCGGGCGGGCGAGCGGUGGGCAACAGCCUUGCUCUCGUCUCGCAAUCGGCCCAGGUGGUCAUCGAUCACUGCAUCAGCGACGUAGUGUCGUUCUGCGCAUCGGCGUCGGCUUCCUUCGAGCGCCUGCUUGCCGUCUCCGCAGCGCUGCAGUCAGAGGACGCUGGGAUCCAGCGGGAAGCCCACGACCGGGUCUGGCCUUCCAUGUCGACCACUGCCACGAAGCGACGGGGAGCGCUUUCUGGCAAGGUCAAGAGCUGGUCGCCGACCGGGCCCGGCUCGGCCAGCGCGAUCGACGAGGCGCUCGCCGAGACGGCCGACUCGAUCGCGUCCACCAUGGAACGCCGGCUGCAGUGGUGGAAGCUGGUGUGGAAGGUGGACGACAUCCGAGCCGAGCUCGAAGGCGUGUGCGCCGGGUUCGCCGCCUCGCUCGAGUCCGUGCUGGCCUACGAGUCGGGGCGUCUUGCCGCGCUCCAGGUGCAGCAGGCCGACCGCGCCGAACGCGCGCUGACGGAGCUGAGCCGGGACGCUGCGCNCUUUGCCAACGACGCCGAGGCGGUGCGGUCGAGAGAGGCGCGGCAGCUGACGCCUGCCACUCUGCUCGAGCCCAUCGAGCAGCGCCGGGAGCAGCUGCUGCGCGUCGGUGGCCCCAUCGACGUGCUUGCCGGCGAGGCCCGCAAGCUCGCAGUGACGACCUAUGCCGCGCUUGGAGCUACGGGUGCCGGGCUCGGCUCGGCGAGCAUCAUGGGCGCCUCGCUCGGCACCGGUCCGCUGAGCAUGGAGCCCAGCACCGCGCUCGCCCUCUCGCUGCUCAUCUGCACCGCCGCCGCGUGGAGGGUGCAGGGGCGCUUUGCCAAGAUCAAGGCGCGCUUCUGGCAGGACUGGGACCGCCUCGCCGAGGGGCUCGACCACGAGGUCAAGGACCAUCUCGACACGGUGCUCGAGAGAGACGUGGUCGGCCCGACAUGCUACAUCGCGACGGGCCUGUCGUCGCUCAAGGCAAAGUGGCAGCGAGACGUGGCUACCGUCGAGGCGCGACUGCGCUCGCUCUCGGCAGCGACGUCAGAGGCGGCGGGUGUUCAGGACCGGGCAGCGUCCGGUGCCAUGGCGGCGGUAGAAGUGCGCGGAACUGGCAAUGGUGCCGUCGUUGAUAAGGCCGCUCGUCCUUGA